ACGAAGAUUCAAAUAUCAUCUCUCUCUCUCUCUCUACGCAUCAUCCGUGAUUUCCUCUCUCUACACCCAAUCUAAUCUAUCCUUAUGCAUAUUCAUACAGACAUACCUACAUACAUCGUCUGCCUGUCUGUCUGUCUGUCUGAUGAUCUGUCAGCUCAAUUCAAUCAUCAAUCAUCAAUCAAUUGAAAACAUCACCAAACGCUUCGACUUCAGAGAAGAAGCCCCCCCCACCCCCCGCAGUCACACCCACCGUUCGAGCUCGCUCUCCCCCUCAAUCUGAUUGCAGGUGCCGAGUAGUGUGAAAGUGUAGGCCUUUGAAGUGUAAACAGCCGGCCCCAUGGCGAGGAUUAAGCCUCAGACUCUUCUGCUGCAGAGCAAGAAGAAGAAGGGGCCGUCACGAGUCAGCAUCCCAACGAUUAUCUUGUACUGCACGGUUCUCGGUUUGGUUGCGCUGUCUUUGGUUGCUACCUCCAGGAACUGGUUACGCAGGUCUGGGGAACAAACAGGAGCUGCAUCAUCAUUUGAGCUGCAGGAGAUAGAUGCCACCAUAGAUACUAAGAAAUACGACCUUCCUGGGUAUGCUAUUCUGAACACAUCAAAAGGAGAUAUCGUUGUAGAGCUUUUUAAGGAUGGGGCUCCUGAGAUAGUGGACAAAUUCCUGGAUUUGUGUCAAAAGGGCCAUUUCAAAGGCAUGCCCUUUCACCGUGUAAUAAAACACUACGUGAUUCAAGGAGGGGACUCCCAGGGGCUCGGAGCUGAAGAUUGGACAUCGAAAGGAAAGCUCCGCAGCCAACUCGUGACAAGUCCAAAGCACGAAGCUUUUAUGCUUGGAACUUCAAAGAACAAGCAAGACAGCAAGAGUUUCGUGCUCUUCAUCACAACUGCACCUAUACCGGAUUUAAAUGAUAAGCUGAUUGUGUUUGGUCGGGUCAUUAAGGGAGAGGAUGUUGUGCAGGAAAUUGAGGAGGUGGAUACAGAUGAACAUUAUCGGCCCAAGUCUCCUAUAUUGAUAGUCAACGUAAUUCUCAAACGUGAGAUAUGAACAUACGGCAUUGGAUGGACCACUGACAGGCUUUCUGUAACUGAGCUUCUUAAUAAUCGGGUCACCUUAUUGCACUAUUGUGUUUCUCUUCAACAUACGGGAGCGCUCGAGCACAAUUAUGAUGGGAUAGGGAUAGUUUGAUUCAGUAAAGGAUUUCUUUUUUUCCUCUGUUGAGUUGGUAGAGCUUUCAUAUAUAUAAUGGAAUUGAGUUUAGGCCUCUUUUCUUAAAUCCUUCUUUUUGGCUGAAAAGAUACACAUUCAUGAUAGAGUUGUGUCUUGUGUAUUACUGGCUGUUUCACAUCGGAAUACUUAUACCGCAGGCACUCCUAUAGCAUUUA